AUGCGAGGAUUACAUAAUAAUAAUGUGAUAAAAUCAGUAAAUCUACCAGAUUUAACACCUUUACCUAUUCCACGCGGCUUAGUCGGACAAAAACUUAAUAGUCUUAUUCAACAAGCUGUACAGAUUUUUUCUGAUCAUAAAAAAUUCCAUCCAAAUAACUCAAGUGUUAUAAUAAAUUCAAUUAAUAAUCAUAACACAAAUAUAAACAAUAACAUCAGCAAUAAUAAUAACAAAGUUAUUAAUUCAAAUAUUAUGGCAAAUACAAAUUCAUCAUCGUCGUCAUCAUCACAACAAUAUAAAUUAAGCCCAAACAAUGCUAUGGCACAACAAUUCCAACAAAAUCAAUCCGCACAGCAACAACAGAAUAUGACAGAUUAUAAUGCUGCUAUAAUGGCAUUCAGAAGUUUUAUAAUAGGAACAAACGUUGUUGAUGUAUUAGGUGUAAUAAUUGUUGGUAUGAGUAGUGUAUUAUUUCCACCAAAACUUAGCAGUGAUUAUGAUGAUUUCAAUGAUAAUAGCAUCAUUAAACCAAAUAAUGAUCAAGAAGAUAAAGAUGUAUCAGAUGCAAUUUUAGGAAUAUUUUGUAUUGUAUUUGCACAAGUAUUUACAGCAUCUCAAUUUGUUCUUGAGGAAAAAAUCAUGAAAAUAUAUCGUGUCAAACCAUUGAAAGCUGUAGGUUAUGAAGGAAUUUUUGGUUUGGGAACAAUGAUUUUUGGAAUGAUCAUAUUACACUUUACCAUUGGUGUUCAUCAACCAGAUGGUUAUUUUAAUAUACCAACCAGUUGGAAUCAAAUCAUCUCUUAUCAACAAAUUUGGAUUACUGGGAUUGCAAAUUGUUUUUCUGUUGCUUUUUGCAGUUUUUUUGGUUUGUCAAUAACAAGAUCUAUUAGUGCCACCUCAAGAUCCACUAUUGAGACUUGUACUAUAUUAUUCAUUUGGGUGGUUUCUAUAGUAUUAGGUUGGGAGGUUUUCUCUUGGUUACAAGUUUUUGGAUUUAUUAGUUUAAUACUUGGGACAUUUAUCUUUAAUAAUGUCAUGCGUCCCCCACCAUGUUUCUCAUAUCCAUUAACACCAACCGAAAAUCAACCGUUAUUGCCUGAAGAUGAACAUAUCUAA